AUAAAAAUUUAAUUACUAAACAAAAACAACGCUAAAAGUCCUCUAUUUAUCCGCACGAAGUUGAAAAUCUUGUAUUUAUUUACAUUAACUAUAAGAUCAAAAUGAAAAUUCUUUUGCUUUUUUCGUUCCUCGUGACGAAGGCUUCUGCCCAAGAACUCGUAAACGAAGCAUUCGGCGGAGGAGCACCUGGGGGAUUGGAUGCAUUUGGAGAAAUUGCUAGAGGGUUUGCAAGUGCAGCUGGAGGAUUUGCAGACGGAGUGGCUGAAUCUCUUUCAAUUGUUGCCCAAGGGGCUCUAACCAGCUUUGCCAAAUUUGUGCCCAAGGUGCCAGUGCUGGCAAACAUCGAUAAUUUUGACGACUUCUUGUUUGAAGCCCCUUUACAGGAUCAAACCGGACAGGCUUUCUCCGAGGCAGAUCGCACUUUUCGCGAGGGUGUCUUUGCAGCCUCCAAGAAUCUGGUGGAUGCCGGCAACGUAGCCUUCGCCAAAGGAACCUCCUCCUUCCAGUUGGCUCUGAACGCUUUCGCCGAUCUGACUCGUGAGGAGUUCAUCAAAAAGAUGACCGGCCGCAGGAGAUCACCCGAAUCAGAUGCAAAAAUUGCAGCCAGCCGCAAAAUGGUGAACAUUACGGAUGCCUUACCCGUUCCGGACUCCUUCGAUUGGCGGCAGAAGGGAGGCGUAACACCCGUGAAAAAUCAGGGAUCCUGUGGAUCCUGUUGGGCAUUUGCAAUCACCGGAGCCAUCGAAGGUCAUACGUUUGCCGCGAAGGGCAAGCUGCCCAAUCUCUCCGAGCAGAAUCUGGUGGACUGUGGUCCGCAACAGGACUUCAAUCUAAAUGGAUGCAAUGGCGGUUUCCAGGAGGCCGCCUUGUGCUGGCUCUCUGAAACCCAGAUGGGCAUUUCGCUGACCGAAAGCUAUCCGUAUGCUGGCCGCCAGAAAUCAUGCAAGUUUGUGCCGAGCACAGUGGGUGGCCACUUUAGUGAAUUCGGAGUGCUAUCCUCCGGAGACGAAGAUCAGAUGAAGAGGGUGGUGGCCAAUUUGGGACCAGUAGCCUGCUCAGUAAGCAUGCCGGAGAACCUGCGUUUCUACAAGUCGGGCAUUUAUGACGAUCCAACCUGCAAUGACUAUGAGCUACUCCACUCGAUCCUGGUCGUGGGCUACGGAUCGGAGCAUGGCCUGGAUUACUGGAUCGUCAAGAACUCCUGGGACGAUUCCUGGGGCGACAGUGGCUACUUUCGCCUGCUGCGGGGCCAAAACCUUUGCCACAUUGCCGCAGAGUGCUCCUAUCCUAUAGUUUCUCACGCUUAAUUAUAUUUACAUAAUGUAUUUCUUAGUCGCUACCCUUCAAAUUAAUGAUACUUAUAAUAUUUUGUAACCAAUAAAUUACUUUAGAAACAUUUA